AUGAGCACCGCCGACCCAGCUUGUUAUCCUGCCAACCACCAUUCAUCCCCCAAAGCCGAACAUUCCCCUCAUAUGGCCCCAGAGCAGCUGCCCAAGCCUACCGAGACCAACAAUGGCCAUGAGCCCCGCCUCAUCAUUGUCUCCAACCGUCUUCCGGUGACCAUUUCCAAGGAUGCCGACGGCGAGUAUUCUUUCAAGGUGAGCUUCUCAAACUCAAUCCUGUGGCCCUUGUUCCACUACCACCCCGGAGAAAUGAACUUUGACGCGUCAUACUGGCUCGCAUAUCGUGAGGCCAACAUCCGCUUCGCAGACGUCGUCGCCUCCUUCGUCCGCACUGGCGAUGUCGUAUGGGUUCAGGACUACCACCUCAUGCUCCUGCCCAUGCUUCUCCGCAGCAUGAUCACAGGCGAGUCAAACCAGGGCGAGAUGACGCGCCGUGAGAUGGGACGUGUCAAGGAGGGGGUGGACGAGGCCGUCGUCAAUGACAUCAACAUAAAGAUGCCGCCGCCAAACCGCGGCAACGGCGGCGGUGCCGAUGAGGGAGUGGAGAUGCUCGAGGACGUCGAGGAGGAGUCGAACCCCAAAAGCCCGACCCAUCGUCAGAGCAGCAGCACACCUGGCAUGACUCCCUUCCAGAAGUCGGAGAUCCAGGCGCGUCGCCGGGGCAAGGGGGGAGUGCGCAUCGGCUUCUUCCUCCACACACCGUUCCCCUCGAGUGAGAUCUACAGGAUUCUUCCCGUCAGACGUGAGAUCCUUCUUGGUGUGCUCCAGUGCGACUUGAUCGGCUUCCAUACAUACGACUACGCCCGUCACUUCCUGAGCGCUUGCACGCGUAUCUUGGGCCUCGAGACGCAGCCCAACGGCAUCGAGUUCGAAGGUCGCUGGGUCCAAGUCGGCACGUUCCCCAUCGGUAUUGAUCCCUGGCAAUUCGUCGAGGGCGUCAAGCUUCCUGUGGUCCAGGAACGCUUGGAUCGACUCGAGAAGCGCUUUGAGGACUGCAAGGUCAUCAUCGGCGUCGACCGUCUUGACUACAUCAAGGGCAUCCCGCAGAAGCUGCAUGCCUUUGAGGUUUUCCUCACCCAGCAUCCUGAGUGGAUCGAGAAGGUCAUCCUCAUCCAGCUUGCUAUCCCGUCUCGGCAGGAUGUCGAGGAGUACAUGAACCUGCGCUCAUGCGUUAACGAGCUGGUCGGCCGCAUCAACGGCCAGUUCAGUACCCCGACCUGGACACCCAUCGUCUUUAUGCACCGCUCGGUGCCCUUUGAGGAGCUCACCGCCAUGUACGCGCUGGCUGAUGUCUGCCUCGUGACGUCAACUCGCGAUGGCAUGAACCUGUGACGUCGCCUACGAGUACAUCUCGUCUCAGGCUGAGAAGCACGGCUCUAUGAUUUUGUCCGAGUUUGCUGGAGCCUCGCAGAGUCUGGCUGGCUCGCUCAUUAUCAACCCUUGGGACGUUGACUCGACGGCCAGUGCCAUCCACCAAGCCCUCACGUUGGCUCCAGAGAUCCGUGCCCAGAACUGGACAAAGCUGUUUGCAUACGUGUCCAACUUUACCGCGCAGUCCUGGGGCCUCUCCUUCCUCAACGAGCUCAACCGCUCGACAGGGCGUCGUCCUACUGGGCCUCUGCUGGGCGGCCGCCGAAAGUCGAGUAGCAACCUCAGCCGUGCUAGCUCACGUGCAAGCAUCAAGCGGC